ACUUCCUGUAUUUUGAAUUUGAGAGAUUUAUCUCAUAGAUAUUGUAAACAGUUGGAAAUAUUUACAUGAUUGCAGUCGCCGUUCAUAAAUCAAAACUUUUUUCUGGCGUCGAGCAAUGAGCUCGCACUACUUUUUGACGGGCGAUCCUCGGUCAGGCGAUAUGUUACCCCAAAUCUUUUCUAAAACGACAGCAACAGAGGAUGUGAUGUCGACUGUUUAGCUAGCGAAGUUGAGUUUGACUAUGACAAGUCUGGCGCGUCUGUUAUGCUUUUACUGGUUUUAAAUAACUUUAGCGCCAUGGACACCGAGGGAAUCGUAAUUCGAAUAAAGACACCCGGCGGGGACAUGGACUCCUCUAUAGAUUGUCCAUCAUUGUUGAGCUUCAAUGACUUGCUGGUCGCGAUAAGGGAUGUCAUGCCUGAAGCCACCAUAACAGCGUUUGAAUACGAGGACGAGGUGGGGGACCGAAUCACUGUCCGGAGUGAUGAGGAACUGAAAGCCAUGCUGUCAUAUUACUACAGCACAGUGAUGGAGCAACGCAUCAAUGGCCUUCUACCUGAGCCCCUCCACAUCUACCCCAGAGCCGGCAAGACCCCCGGGAUCCGGAACAUUCAUGGCCUGAAGGUGAACACACGUCCUGGCUCUGCCCCAAACUGCACCCCCGCGGCCGCCGAGAUCCUGCCCAACAAUAGUUUAAAGAAGUCGUCAGCAGAGCUGAAGAAGAUCUUGACAAAUGGGCAGAUUAAUGAGCAGGACAUCCGAUACCAGGAGCUCCUCGGCCACGGCAAUGGAGGGACGGUUUACAAAGCGUACCACGUCCUGGGGAAGAGGGCUUUGGCGGUGAAGGUUAUUCCGCUUGAUAUUACUGUGGAGCUGCAGAAGCAGAUCAUGUCCGAACUGGAAAUCCUCUACAAGUGUGAUUCUCCCUACAUCAUAACCUUUUACAGCGCCUUCUUUGUAGAAAACCGGAUAUCGAUCUGUACAGAGUUCAUGGACGGGGGCUCCCUGGAUGUGUACCGGAGGAUUCCAGAGCAUGUGCUGGGCAGGAUUGCUGUGGCGGUGGUGAAAGGCCUCACCUAUCUGUGGAGCUUAAAGAUUUUACACAGAGAUGUGAAGCCCUCUAACAUGCUGGUGAACACACGGGGGCAGGUGAAGCUCUGUGACUUUGGAGUCAGCACUCAGUUGGUCAAUUCGAUUGCAAAAACGUACGUGGGCACAAAUGCAUACAUGGCGCCGGAGCGGAUAUCAGGCGAGCAGUAUGGCAUCCACUCGGACGUGUGGAGCGUAGGGAUCUCAUUCAUGGAGCUAGCUCUGGGCAGCUUCCCCUACCCACAGAUCCAGAAGAACCAGGGAUCAUUAAUGCCUCUUCAGUUACUGCAGUGCAUCGUUGAUGAGGACCCUCCUGUUCUUCCAGUGGGACAAUUCAGUGAGACAUUCGUUCAUUUUAUCACUCAGUGCAUGAGAAAACUUCCCAAAGAACGUCCAGCACCCAACAACCUUAUGGACCACCCCUUCAUUGUGUUGUAUAACGAUGGCAAUGCGGAGGUGGUGUCCAUGUGGGUUUGCCGCUGCCUGGAGGAGAGGAGGUCCCAGCAGCAGCAGCAUCCUCCAGCUCAGUGUCCCAUGUGACCACAACAGAGGUUGGAUGGGAGGGACCGGGGAGGGUCAUAGCAGCAUUGCCCCAGCUUCGAAAUUUCACAGACCCCGAGUCCCAGCCAUGGAUGGAAGAGCCUGCUCAGAACUUUAGAAGGCCAUCUGCAGCUGUUAGAGGAGGUGCACAGCCUGGCACGGCACGGCACAGCAAAGCGAAACAUGCUAGCGUACGGCUCACGUACACUUGCACUCCAUCCACACACUUCGGACCCCAAAUCCAGCUCUCGCUUCUGGUUCCAGGACCAACAGUGAACUCUCCCCUCUCUGGAUGGUGCCCUGGGUUUCCUUGAUGAAGCCCAGGGGUGUUUGGUGGUUAUUCUGCACCCCUCCUCCCAUGUGGUCACAUUUCCAUGGUUUCCAGGGGUUUGCAGGGUAUGAGUGAUGUCACUGAAAGUGGAAGAAGAUCUGACCACACCCUCCCUCUGGGCUGGAUUACUUUUGAUAGGUAUUGAUCAUGAAAGAGGAGGAGCCUCAGAGUGAGAACACUUCUGUCCUUUCCCAUUUCCUCCAUCCAAUGUGGAAAGGCCUCCAAAACAGAGGUGGCGCUUUAAUCAAACCUGCAGACCUGUGCUGUGUUCAGGCUGACCUCUGAGGCCUGGGACUCUCUGCUGACGGCUGCUGUGCAGUGAGUGUGUGAGGUUUGCCUGAGUGUUGGUGCAGCAGCCAGUUUUUUUUUUUAGUUUAGUUUGGAGGAGGUGAUGGGGGAAAAGUGGCCUGUGUGUGUAUUGCCCACUGACUCUGCUGUUACUGCAACUCAGAAGAGACUCAAGACAACUGCAGGAAGUGUGAUAUUUACCUCCUCAGUAGGGGGUGUGAAGAGCAAGUGAUGGUGGUAAGCAGAUUGGAGUCCAGACAGUAUUGCGUGCUUGCAGUGCCCAGGUGCUUCCUCUGUUUCUCUCCCAAACCUGCAGGUGGCACUACUAGAAUCAAGACUGCUUUAAGAGAAAGAUUCCCGCCUUAUGUUUGACACUUUCCAAUUAGAUGUGGUUGUUGACAUUUCAAACAGAGGCUGACAGUGGUUUUUGUCAAAUCCAGUUGCUUGGCUGCUGGCUACUAUGCUGUAAGAAAACACAAAAGGAUUUAGCUACACCCCAACAUGAGUAGUGAGAGGUGCUCCUGUGUGUAAAUUAAUGCUCAUGAAUGUUUCUCCUGCAACAAGGAUGGGUGAAUUUUGCCAUGCAGCACAAGUGAUUUAAAGCUUUAAUUCUAAGUGAUGAGCCUCAGUUCUGCUGUGAUGGUGAAGUGAGGCUUCAUGAACCACAAAAAUGGUGAAGCUGUCAUAGGCUGUCGGUGACUCACUGGAUGCAUGCACUGCCCUAGCGAGAAAAGCAUUUUCAUUGGUUCAGAACAGUAACUGACCUGACAGCAGACAGAAGCUCUACCCAUUAGAUGGCACAUGAAUCGUCACUUGUCUGUCACUUUUUCAACAUAAGUAUUUAAUUUUUCAGAAUCAGCUCUUUUUUUGAAAGUUCAGUUGUUUUUAUAUUUG